CACGCCAAGCAGCGAUCCUUCCCUUCUUCCUCCACUUGGGACAGAAUUUUUACAUCUGAUAAGAUAAAUCACCAAUCAGUCUUGUCUAAUCGCUGCGCUUCAUCUCCACCCACACGCAAUAUUCGCCGUAUCCGGCCAUGACACUCAUUCUCUGUCACUCGUCUCUUCACAAGUCCCAAGUCACUCACCAGCAUUAUUGAUCAAGCCCACACCGAGUCUCCGCUCUCUACUCCUCUGGUUGCCAUCUUCGCAACCCACGUCCCAGUAUGGCGUCUCCGUCUCAAAGUCCUCUCUCCCCACUCCCUGUCCGAUGUGACGGAAGAGCAAAAGUUUGUCACUCAGGCCUUGUCCGACCCAUGUCCCUAGCAUCCACUUGCCACGAUGCAACAUGGAUCUCGACCUUGCCCCGACAUUGAUAAAUCAUCACUGUCCCAGCACAAGGCUACUGCUGUCUCUUCCUCCACAACCACCUCUUCCUCACUCGUUAUUCUUUUGUCUCUUGUCCGGCAGACACCAUGUCGUUCUCCGACAGUUCCAAGGAGAGAAUGCCUCCUCAAGCAGCGCUGUCCGACCAACCCAAGUUGGACCAAGAUGUCGCGGCAAAGGAUGGACUGGCACCGGGCCAGUACCCUUCUGACCGACGAGGUUCCAUCCUCGUUGGCUCACAAUCCCCUGGUGUUGCUCGCAUAGAAGCCAUGGCCCAGGUCAUCACCCAGACCGAUCGCAUCCUCCUCUUCAUUGGUGUCUUCCUCAUCGCCUACGCCUACGGUCUCGACGGCACAGUUCGCUACACUUACCAGACCACCGCCACGGCCUCAUGGGGCCAACAUUCGCUCCUUGCCACCAUCAACGUCGUCAGAUCCGUCAUUGCCGCUGCUGCCCAACCCACGGCCGCCAAGAUUGCCGAUGUCUUUGGCCGUGUUGAGUUGGUCAUGGUUAGUGUCGUCUUUUACGUCGUUGGUACUAUUGUUGAAGCUGCUUCCACAACCACGUCGACUUUUGUCGGAGGUGCUGUCAUCUAUCAGAUUGGCUACACCUGUAUUAUCCUGCUUGUCGAAGUCAUUAUUGCCGACAUCACCUCGACUCGUGCUCGUUUGCUCUUCAGCUACGUUCCUGCCUUGCCAUUCAUCAUCAACACCUGGAUCAGCGGCAAUGUCGCUUCCGCGGUUCUGGGGGCCACCACCUGGCAAUGGGGUAUUGGCAUGUGGGCCAUCAUCUACCCUGUUUGCGCCCUGCCUCUCAUCAUCACCCUGUGGCAUGUGGCUCGCAAGGCCAAGAAGGCCGGAAUCUUGGACAACUACAAGUCCCCCUACCAGUCUCUCGGAUUCAAGCGACUCUGCAUCGAACUCUUCUGGGCGCUCGACGUCAUCGGCAUCAUUCUCUUGAUCGCCGUCUUUGCUCUGGUCCUGACCCCUUUCACCAUUGCUGGAGGUUAUGGAGACAACUGGAAGAAGGCACACGUUUUGGCCCCUUUGAUCGUCGGUCUUUUCUGCAUUCCUGCCUUUGCCUUUUGGGAAAUGCGAGCUCCUAAGCCAUUGGUGCCUUUUGAUCUCUUGAGAGACCGGGCUGUUUGGGCUGCUUUGGGAAUAGCUUGUACUUUGAAUUUUGCCUGGUACAUGCAAGGAGAUUACCUCUACACCGUCCUGAUCAUUGCCUUCAACUUUUCGAUCAUGGGAGCCACCAGAAUUCUGUCCCUGUACAGCUUCACCUCAGUGGUGACCGGUUUCAUCCUCGGAUUGAUCGUGUACAAGGUCAAGCGACUCAAGUACUUUAUUGUUGCCGGAACCUGCCUUUUCGCCGUCGCUUUCGGUCUCCUGAUUCACUACCGUGGCUCACCCAGCUCAGCUGGUCAGUCUGGUGUCAUUGGAGCUCAAGUCUUGCUCGGUUUUGCCGGCGGCAUGUUUCCAUACCCUGCUCAAGCUUCCAUCCAGGCUGCCACCAAGCACGAGCAUGUUGCCGUCAUCACUGGUCUGUAUCUUGCAACCUAUAACAUCGGCUCUGCUCUCGGUGCCACUGUGUCAGGCGCCAUCUGGACCAAUGUGCUUCCCAGCGCCCUCGAAGACAAUCUCGCAAUCUUCGGCAACGAUACUCUGGCCAGCGCCACCUACGCCGACCCGUUCUCCGUGGCUGCUAUCUACCCCGUCGGUACCCCUGAGCGAACUGCCAUCAUCGAAUCCUACCAACACGCCCAAAGACUCUUGUGCAUCACUGGUAUCUGCCUUUGCGUGCCUCUGAUCGUCUUCUCACUCCUCCUCCGCAACCCCAAGCUUACCGAUACCCAAAGUUUGCCCGAGGCCGAGAAGAAUGUCGCUCACUAAACAUGAUUCGCUUCGCAGCCUGGUGAAUUGGAUGACAUCUUGUCAGUCAUAUUCUGAUUCGGAUCAGUGCAGCAAACAUAUAUCCUCGAUAUCCUACUUUUGCAUUUGACUACAUGAAUGUCACAUGACAUGUAGCCAAAACAAUCUGUACAAUCUUUGCGGUCUGGCUUAUAGAUAUAUCCCAAGUAUUAAUUAUCCUACGGAGCGAGACGGAGUAGGUUCUACAUUAGUUUUAGUUUCUUAUUGUAGGAGAAUCUGGCAUGCGGGCCAAACUUUUACGUGAUAUGAGCUGAGAAAAACAUGAAUGAUUGGCUUAGAACAAAUCUUAUUACUGAAAUGAUUGGAUAUGCGCGAGUUGUGAUCCCGUGACUAAGUAUUCGGAUUAUUCACCUCGAGUUUGUCCGAGUGAUCUUGGAGUACUGGAGCGAGAACCCUGGAGAGAGUGCCCUCGAGAGAAGUGCGAUACGGAGGAUGCCCGAGAGUAUAUGUCCUAGAUAGAAGUGCGAUAUGGAGAGUACCCUGAAGAGAGUGCUCUAGAGAGAAGUGCAAUAUAGAGAAUGCCCUAACGAGAGUAUGUAGUAGUGAUUUCUAGAGCUCUAUAGGCGACUUAGCGUUAGUUGUAGCUAUUACUCGCUACGUAUAUUUAAUUGAUUUGCA